GAAAGUAGUUGAGAGAUUUCAACAUGGAUCAAUGCAUUACUUGUUUGAUAAGAAAUAUCAUCUUACUGAUAAUCCUGGAUCUGGAAAUAAUUGGGCUGUCGGACACUACAGUCAUUUCAAAUGCUAUAAAGACACUUUGGCUGACAUGUUUCACAGUAUAACUGAACAAUGUGAUUCUUUAGCCGGCUUCUUUUUCAUGCUUUCUUUAGGAGGUGGAACAGGAUCCGGUCUGGGAACAGCAAUAGUAUGCCUUCUUGAAGAUCAGUUUCCCCGUAUUGACAGGGUUGUUACUUGUGUUCAUCCAGGUCAGUACAACGACGUUGUUACAAGCCCCUAUAACAUUGGCCACUCCCUUCGGAUAUUAUCUGAGCACGCUUCGAUUGUACUCCCAAUAGACAAUAAAGCACUUAUAGAUAUUUGCAAUAGACAUAGUUUUAAUCGAGGAGUGAAGCCUUUUGAGGAUGCAAAUAAAAUCAUUGUUAACAUGCUUCUAAAUCUAACUAGCGGUUCGAGAUUUUCGGGCUCUUUGAACUGUGAUAUAAGUGACCUUAGUUCGUUAGUGCCACAGCCAGGAUUACAUUACUUCAGUUCUAGUCUUAGUCCUCUUCAACUAUAUCCAUCUCGGGACCUAGCCUUCCAAAAUAAAAAGUGUGAUCUUAUUCAAGAAAUUUGUUCCAGAGAAGAUCAGUUGAUGAGAGUGAAUGCACUCGGAGGAAAAAUAUUUAGUGCCGCCCUCCUUUGUCGAGGGGAUGUUUCUCUCCCUGUGCUGAGGGAUUACGUGAAAAAGUUCAGCUCAAAAGUAGAAUUUGCUGGUUGGAGCCUAUCAGGGAUUAAAACCGGUCUUUGUUCCAUUCCUCCCGUGAGUCAAAAAAGAGGUAUUUUAUGUUUGGCCAACUCAUCUAACAUGACCCGACUUUUCUCCGAUUCUCUUAAACAUUUCAAUCUUCUUUAUAGAAGGAGAGCUCAUGUUCACCACUACUUGGAUGUUGAUGGAUUUGAGCUAAAUGAUUUUCUGUUGACAGAAGAAAGUUUAGCCUCAUCUGCUUUGAAAUAUGCUGAUGCUGCAAAUUGUAUUGAAGUUCCUAGGCUCCAGGUUAGUUGAAUGUUCCGUAACUAGUACGGUAACUGGUGGAUUGCCAAUAAGAACUGUAAAUAUUGUAUCCUAACUUAUUCUUGUUAAAAUAUUUAUUUUAGUAAAUUUUUA